UGCGUUGCCAUGGUACCUUCUCCUCAUCCUACAACCAAAACCAGUAUCUGCAGGUCGUCAGUUUCUGCAUGUUUCCACUUUCCAAACACAGACAUUCUCGCAUUACAGCCUCCUGUCAACAUACCCCGAUCCUGCCGUGUCAGGCUGGAUUUCGGAUAUAUUUGGUCAGUUUGGAGUAUGAGCUGGUGCGACCAAAAUUUCCCUUGAUGAAAACGUGCAUAAGUAGCAUAGCUACGGUUGCUAUGAAGUGACGUGUCAUCAUGUCACCAGUGAGAACAGUUCCUCGCCGGUACAAUUUAUACCAGAUGGAGUUGUUCAUCGCUUCUACUUACUGCGUAUGCAGAAGAAUCACAUUCAAGAUCUUCUACAUGCUCAGAUUCUAAUUCAUGUGGCGUAACCCGUUUUGGAACAAACAUGUUUCGCUCACCUUAUGAUGGGGUGCAUGCGAAGAAACGGAUUCUUCUUGUCGACUCAUGUAUGUUGUUACGCCUCCUCAGAAGAGUAUAAAUACCCCCUGGACCGUGAGUCAGUGCUGUCUGUUUCUUCCUGACCGCCUUGUUGCCGGUGGCCCCAAUGCCCUUCGGCGAGAGCAGACCCCGUGGUUUGGUCCAGCUUUACCUUUUCCACGUCGUCCAAACGCAUCAUUGCCGGAAGGUUCUGAACUACCCAAGGAGGUGAUACUGAAACCUCUGCGUCGGUUCCCGCUUUCGACGGAGGGUUCAUUUACCACUAAGACUCCUGCUUAUAUCAAAGAUAUGCCAGAAAGAUUUCGCUUGAAGACCAUUGUUCGAUCUUCCAUGUUGUGGAACAAAUGCAAAAAAUAUGCAGAUGCCGACCCCAAUGGCCGAAAUACGUGGAACGAAGAUGGUACAGAUGGUCUUCCCGAUCCUAGACAGCAGUGCGACGGAAUACAUCGGAUCUAUACUUGGUUUACUUGGUUUGCCCAACGCGGUGAGGGCAUGGUCAAUUGUGAGCUCGCCGUGCAAGACGAAGUCCACAACCAGCUAGUCGUACCAAUGAAUGCACUGCUUCAGACUCGCUACCCUGACAGGAUCCACAUUGGAGUCAUCUUACCGGAAACCGACACCACGCAAGACAAGCCCGACGGAGAAGACAAGCCCGACGGAGAAGACAAGUCUGACGGGGAGGACAAGUCUGACGGGGAGGACAAGCCUGACGACGAAGACAAGCCUGACAAUGAAGACGAGCCUUACGACGAAGAUACUGCAACCACUAGUCAAGUGGCCAAAAUACAGGAACAUCAACCACAGACUGAAUCAGAAAAUACCAAACAGCCUUUUGGAUGGCGCAAUGACAAGCAUCAUCUAUGCUUCCCUCCUGCGAAGAGCUACAUGCCAUACUGGGGAAGACCCGUAGCCGCCUCUCAUCAGGAUACAGCUGCAGGGAGUAGUAGAGCCGGAUUUCCGGAUUUUGUUUGUUAUGUCACUCCAGAGAAGUUACACCAUGGCGCACUCGCUGAGAUCAAACCAUAUUGGACGGUGACUAAUGAAACAUUGCAGGAGAUGUUCAGUAUUGAUGCGGUGCAAACCAAAAAUGGAGAAUUUGACUGGAAUGCGAUCGAUAAGACGGACGAUUUAUACCGCCAGGUAUGGGGUGAAAUGUAUGCAUAUCAAUCAGACUAUGCAUUCCUCACGAAUGGCAGCAGUAUUGUGUUGUUCAUACGGAUUGGUGCGACAUCAUUGUGCGUCUCAGACAUGAAGAACUGGGAAGAUUCAGACGUCCUUCAUGCAUUGAUCGGUCUCUCAUUUGCCGCGAUCGACCACAAAUCCCCCGCGAUAGAGAAUCCACGUAGCCGAGGCUUCAUCGAUGAUUACCUUUGCCCCUUAGCUGACCUCGCAUUUGAUUGGGCACAGCCAGGAGAGAAAAGACCCAAAGAUGAUUUGCCCGCAGCUAUUAAGGCAAGUUUGAUUACAAGUCGUACUGCACCUCCGACCCCACCAUCCUCGCCAGAACGCGGGGAAGUCGCCGAAGGUCCUGUUCUGAACUAUGUGCGUGUGGCUGGCAAGCGUCCAUCUGUUCGAACUGGCGGAAGACAGCAUCAUGAACAGAACGAAGACCUGUCUGAACCGGAAUUCAAAGACGGUGACAGUGACUCAGAAUACGAUGAUGACGCCUCUGAUAAUGCUGAUCUUGUUAUAACUUACUCCAAGAAGCGCGUCCAGCAUGCUCGAGGUCGAGGAGGUCGAGGUCAGGGAGGUCGAAGUCGAGGAGGUCAAGGAGGUCGAGGUCAGGGAGGUCGAAGUCGAGGAGGUCAAGGAAAUCAAGGAGGUCAGUCUCGUGGAAUAUAGCGACAAGGCGGAGAAUUGGAGGUCGCUGAAAUUUCAAGUCACCUCAAUCUUAGUAUGAAUUGUACACUACUCCUGCUUGUUGUUAUGGAAAUUGAGUCAGUUUCCAGCCCUGUGUUGAACCUACUUCCAGCACUGAAUAAUCUCACAAAAUAUAUUGUACAACUUGCC